AUGCAGGGUUUUUUCUUCGCAUUCCUGAUCAUUUGGUGGCUUUUGAUGUUUUUUUGGGCUUUUCUUAAAUUAGAUAUCCACAAAAAGAUUUGUGGUGAUAAAUUUAAUGCGGGUUUAUUCCUUUUGGGUGGCUUGAUAAUGCCCUGGGGGAUUUUUAUGUAAUAUUUGUUUAGCGAUCUGGCUCACGUGUUUCUGUUUGCUUGCAUUGCUUGUAGCGUUGUCGCAAUCUUAGCUAAAGCAAAGCUUUGGGAGAAGCUUUCCAAAUGUAAAUGCGAGUGUGUUUGCCCUGAAACAUAUGCCGAGGACAUCCUCCAAGGGCUUUUUAUCCUUUUCACCCUUAUCAUUUUGGUGGUAGCUUUUGCUGUUUUUCAAGGGAAACCCACCACAAACAAAACAUCGUCGCCAGAAAACUCUCGUGACCAAAACGAAGAAUGUCUCAUUUUUGGAUUUUUCGAUUGGCAUGACCUGUGGCAUUUUUUGUCUUCCUUUGCUCUCCUUAUGGGUGCAUUUGUUAUCAUGUUUAUAAGU